CUCCAAGUGGAAAGUUGUUGAACACCUGCCGAAGGACACCAGUCAGAGGAAAAGGCAGAGUUAUCGUUACCGCGGGUCGUGGUGUUUAGAUCAGCAUCGGGUUUUCUUUUUGUCACAUUUGAUUUCGCCGCUAUGAGUUUUCUCUGCAAGCGAAGCGUGUGCUGCUGGUUUCUCCUGGUUUGCACGUUGUGUUUCACUUGCCUGCACGGCUCCAGCGCGAGUUCUUUGUGGACCGCUUACGUGAACAUCUCCUUUGUCAAUCCAGAGAUCAAUGAGACUGUGUGGGAGGAUGAAGAAAGUGGGCUCUAUGGACAGAAUUCGUUCAUUACCAACGCCAACGGGCUAGUGGUUUUGCCAGAUCCCCUGCAUGGCUGCUCAGAGCGCACCGUGUAUGAUGUACCCGAAUACGCAAAGAAAAAGUGGAUAGCCUUGAUUCAGCGGGGAAAUGGAUGUACAUUUACAGAUAAAAUCACAAAGGCUGUUUUUCGGGGUGCUGUUGCGGUGGUAAUCUUUAACUACCCCACUUUGGGAAAUGAAGUCAUUGAAAUGUAUCACCCAGGGGCGAAGGACACAGUCGCUAUCAUGGUGGGGAACAGCAAGGGCAUGGAGAUUGUGCAUCUGAUCCAGAGCGGGUUCCAGGUCACCCUGUCAAUCAAGGUGGGCAAGCAGCAUGGCCCCUGGAUGAGCCACUACUCUGUUUUCUUCGUCUCCAUCUCCUUCUUCAUCGUCACCGCCGCCACCGUGGGAUACUUCAUCUUCUACUCUGCCCGCCGGCUCCACACGUCCAGAGCGCUGAACAGGAGACAGAAGCAGCUCAAAGCGGAUGCUAAGAAAGCCAUCAGCCAGUUGGAGGUCCGCACUCUGAAGACGGGCGACAAGGAGAUUGGAGCAGACGCGGACAGCUGUGCGGUUUGCAUCGAGGUCUACAAUCCGAACGAUGUUGUGCGCAUAUUAACAUGCAACCACCUGUUCCACAAAACCUGCAUUGACCCAUGGCUUCUGGAACACAGGACCUGCCCCAUGUGUAAAUGUGACAUCCUGAAGGCUCUGGGCAUUGAGCAGCCUGAUGAUGAGGAAGUGAGUGAGCCAGUUCAAAGUGUGGCAGUGCUUAGCAGCACCCCUGAAAUCAGCGCCCCGCUCCCCACAGAGGACAGUCGAAGCGAGACCGCUUCAUCGGGGUACGCCUCUGUACGUGAAGUGGAUGAGCGUGUGUUGGAUGAGGAGGAGAAAGACAAUCAGAGUCUGGCGAACAGCGUGGUGAGGAUGGAGGUGCUCCCACACUACGACAACCUCACCUUUGAAACGGAGGAAGAUGCCCCUCACUAUGACAACCUGCAGCAAGUCAAGACCUGAGCUGCUUCAUGCACUGGAGUUUCAGGACGCUGCUACCAUGGGACCAAGCACAGAAAUCAGUCGCACCCUUCUCUCCUGGAAAUGUCCUAUUGUGAAGUUGAUGUCACAAAACCAAUAAUUAACUAUAGGUUUGACCUGCUCUUAAAUUGGAGAUCUAUUAGCUACCAAUGGAAUGAAUUUGAGAUGGUUUUAAAACGAGGAUGGAAUUUAUAAAAACCCUAAAAGCAAACACUUUGCUCAUGCAUUGGUUUAAUUUUAUGAUAUUCUAUGCACGACGCUUCGUGUAUAUAGAAUGACUAGAAAGUGGACACAUUUGCAUAGGCUAAAAGGCUUUUAAGGAUUUUUAGUUGUAUGUAAAUUUAUUAUACAGUUCUCUUGUACUGAAAUUUCAAGCUUGGGGGGGAAAAAAAACAAUCACAUUUACGAAUUAAUAGUGGAGCUGUUUAAUAGUGGAGCAGUAAUAAAUGCAAUGUGUUUUUUAAUGGUUCUGAUCAACUAAUCCCUGCCAUUUUAAAUGGCACGCAUUGUUCCAGUUUCUGUUAAGUUCAUGUGAACUUAAAUGUUUAUAUGGUUUGUCCAAAUGUGUGUGUUUUUUUUUUUAAAUGUAGUGCCUUGAAAUAUGAUCAGAUUUCCAAAACCUAAAGAAAAUGGAUUCUAGUGUUUUUUUUUUUUUUUUUUUGGCUUCCAGAGUGGAAUCUGUCCGGUUCAAGCUGGCAACCCUAUGGUUUAAUCUGGCCUGUGUUGCAGUAAAAGGGCAUCAGCAAUAAGGGACAAAGUAACUUCUGGUUUUAAAGCUGAACAGUUUAAUUAAAAGCAAUAUUGAUAACUAUUGUAAGUAAAUGUGAAGAGGUGUCUGCUUUAGUCAGGGUUGUGAUACCAGAACAAGAUGCAAUGUCACCUGGGCUUAAAACAGAAAUGCUGUCCCAUGCUGGGCUGUUUAUUACAUGUUUGUGUUAUUCCAUAGCACCCCCUUGUAGUUGUUACUAAAUUAUCCCUUGGUGAAAACCUAUAAGAGUAAUUGGUUUAUAGUAAUCAAUAGCCUUUACCUGUGGCGCAAGAAGUCCUUGACACAUGGUGGGUUUUAUUUUUUUAAAGUGCUGUUUUUUUUUUUCUUUGGUGAGUCGUUCAUACCCUUGUCAUUUUUAUGCUUCACGUUUUAAAAUGCACAGCUGCACCUGUUUUUGUAUGUAACUGAAGUGUGUCCAAUUCCUGAGCGCAGGCUUGCAUUUGUUUGAUUCACUUUAUCUGCUUACUUGAUUGCCUUAACUUUUUAAAACCACACGUGUGUUUUUGUUUCCAAAACCCAGACUGCAUGCACUUUAUUUUAAGCUGUCCUCUGUAUUGUAAUACUGUUGUGACAUUCAUCUGUAAUGUUACUGUGAGAUCAGGAAAAAGGGACUCCUUCUUUUACUGUCUUUCCACAUAGCUAUGGUGCCACAGUGGACUGGCUUAGACAUCUACUCAAAGUAUUUCUGUCAAUCAGAAAGACAUAGUAUUGGUUCUCUUUCCGGUUAGAUCUGUCUGUCAAGAGUAGGGUAUUUGAUAACUGAUGUACAUAUAAUUAAAGGUUUAUAUAAAGAAAACCAAACUGAAACAAAUUGUAAAUAAAUUCACUAUUAAACUG